CUAUGUCUAAGUAUAUAAAAGAUUCGCCAUCUAAAUGUUGGUUAGUGUUGCCUUUUGACCACAAUGCGUGUCGCAAUCCUUAUUUUGGCUGUCUUACCAUUAGCAACUUGCUUCAGCUUCCGGGGCUAUAGAGCUGCUGAAGAAAAGUGUCCUCUUAAGUCAUGUAUGGAUACCAAAAUUGACAUAGACGCAGCGAUGGAAAGUAAGGUUAACGUCGAGAGAAACAGAAACGGAUUCCGGGUUACUUUUGAUAAAGACAUCUUCAGUUUUUCAUGCAGCGUGUUUGGUAUGUUCAAGACAUGCAUGAAUGACCUGAAUUCUCAAGAACUGGAAACGUGCUAUUCGGCAGAGGAGCAACCAAUCGUUUCCCGUCUUAUAUCCCUGGUCGAUAAAUCAGUGUGCACCAAAGCCAAACGAUUUGACAAAUUAGUUCCCUGUAUGAAUAGUGCGACUGUCCAGAAGGUCUUUUUCGAAGACCUAUUAUUUACUGGUUUGGAAUUUAUGAAUGUCGUUUCGAGAAAUGGGUCCUUGCCAUGCCAAGAACUCAAGACAACAUACCUGACUACGGUAGCCAAGCUGUCCAUUCAAUGUGACAACGACGGUCUUCUUGCAAUACUGGAAAUGUUCAGCGAGGUGGCGACAGAACUACGAGACACCAUUGCCCCGGAACUUGGACAAGCAGGGAUUUCUAUCGAAAAUGUUUGCUUCGACGUCCUCAUGGAGGCAACAACUACGGCAAAAAACUCCCUCUCCAACCAGGAUGAGUAUCUGAAAUGUAUCCAGGGUCUCCCGUAAAUUUUCAGCGAGAUCAUGGAACUUGAUUGCUUGUUGAGGUUUUCUUCUUUUUCUUCAGUUUACUGAAAUAAAAUAGUUAACAAGAA